UAUUACUGACGAAUCUUUUACGCGUGAUUCUUCAUUCUGCAAGUGUGAAAAUAGGGAUGAAUGCAAUCAAAAGAUGUUUUGUGCCUCUGAAAAUGCUCUUGAAAAGCUCUGUGGUCGUCUUUAUUCGCACAGUUUGUCUCAUGCUCGUUUCCUGCUCAGAAAUUGGACAUGAAAAUGAUUGGACAUGUUGCCUAUGUUACUUUCAGAUGUGAAAAAGAUCAUGUGAUAAUAUGGCCCAGUUCACCCUAUCUUGGUAAUAAAUAUUUGGUAAACUCUCGCAUGUGUCAUGGAUACCUUGUGUCUGGAAUGUUACCCAAUCAGUACGACAGAUUUGCGAAAGCAGCUGACAUUUGAAGACUUGGUUCAGCUUACAUAUCUGACAUGUUUUCAAACUAUAAAGAAGUCGUUUGUGAUUAUAAGUCGUGGAUCAUGCGAGGAUGCACUUUUAGAAGAAAUUGUGACCUACCCGAAUAUGGAUGGAAUUAAUAUUCUCACUGACGCUCGCCAUGCCACACGGAAAAACUCCCGUUUUACUGAUGUUGUUUGCAUUGGAGCUAACACUCACAAAGUUAUCAGGACGGAAACUGUAUCAAAAGUAGACAAUGCCUGCACACAAAAACACGAACUUAUUGGAACUCAGCGUAUCUAUGAAUAUCUUGAUAGUGUUGACAAUGGUGUCGGAGUACAUGUGAAAUUACAUUGUCAUGACAGGAAUCCGGUCAUCAAUAAAUGUAUCAGGGAGGAGCGCCCUGAUACAACGUCAACAAAUGACACAUGGCACGCUACGAAAAAUGUUACAAAGGAGGUUAAAUGUGUGUGUUUGGGUCCAAAAUACAAAGAGGGUGUGACGUGGCAUCGCGAGUUAUCGGACAAAGCAGGGAGUAUCAAGACUCAUUUUUAUUGGUGCAUUAGGAACUGCGAUCAAGAUGCCAACAAGCUCCGCGAAAAUAUUAUGAAUGUGGUCAAUCAUUACAAGGAUAUCCAUAAUAACUGUUCAGAAACGUCGAGAUGUAGACAAGACGCGCACUAUGAAUCAUCCAAAACACUGAUUUGUGACCCAAAGGCUGAGCUACUUCUGUGUCAAGCUUUGAAAAAUACUGUUGUGUAUAAACAUACCGACGACUACGUUCAUUGUAUGGACACGUUUUUUGUUGAAAGUUUCAACAAUUCACUGCUACAAUAUCAUAACAAAAGAAUUAAUUUUUCUGACGAUGUUUAUCGUUUUCGGACGAAUAUGGCACUAUUAGACUGA